UCGUAACGCCGCACAUUUUAACUUUAGCGUUUGAUGGCGCGUCACCGGACAAGGAAGCCUGACGAAGAUUCGCCCAGCACAUCGGCUGAAGAUACUGUGUGGCCAUGCUGGGCCUAGAUGCUUGCUGCACGCUUUGUGCCUGUCGCCAUAAAGACGGACUGCAGCAAGGCACACGCUUGCAAGCGCACAGACUGACGAGAUGCCGUACCUCGAUCUGCCAGAGCAGGGCGUCAGCUUCUGGUACCGUCUGUAUGGACAGAGUGACACGCUCGCUGACAAGGAUGCUGCCAUCGAUCCCCUCAAGCCAACAGUCCUCUUCGUCCACCCGACUUUCCUCGGCCUCAACUUCUUCGAGUCUGUCUUUCGAGAUCGUCAGAUGCGCGACAACCUCAACAUCGUCCUGCUCGAUCUGAGACUGCACGGAAGGACGAGGUCAGAAGUCGACGCGCGACACGAUCUCUUCGUCACCGCAGCCGACCUUGCCCACUUUAUGGCAGAGCUCGAUGUUCCCUGCGCGCACGUCGUCGGCGUACACACCACUGGCAGCAUGGCAGCACUCCGACUUGCGCUGCUCUUCCCGCACCGAGUACAGAGCCUACAGAUGAUCUCUGUCCCUGACAUGGUCGAGAAGGACAGUAAGAUGAAGGUCUUCAGGGAGAUUGUGACAGCAUGGGUCACGCCGGCAGAUCCAGACGAAUGGCGAGAAGCCGUCGACUCGGUGCUCGACUACUUCUUCAACGAACAGCUCACGCCCGCCGAAUACGAGCGCUUCUUUGGCAUCUUCAUCCGACGAUGGUCGCCCGCCAGAGCGGCGAUGAUCUCUGAAGUCUUUCGCUACUACGGCGCGAGGACCGAUAUACCUGCCGAAUGCCUCGCCAAGCUCGCCAUGCCGAUCAGGAUCUAUCAUGGCACGGAAGACAGGGCAUAUGACGAUGCGGCAUCAAUCCUGCUCCGAGACCAGCUGACUGGCGCCCGUGAUGGCGCAGAACUUCAUUACAUCCAAGGCGCUCCCUUCUUACUCACCUGGACCCACGCGAAAGAGAUCAACCCGAUCAUGCUAGAGUAUGUCCAGCGUUGGAACACUACGGCGGCUGUCGCCAAGGCGCCAGGCUGCGAAUUUGCCGCCGCCCUGCACAAGAUGGUCGAGAUCACUGGUGACAGAGUCUAUCUCACCCGCUCGACGCGUGAUCCGAUGAGCUUCAGCGCAAUCUCCCCAAUCGCGCGCGAGGAGGGCGCAGCUCUGUAUAGCAGCCUGUACCGGCUCCAGCCGACCCAGUUCUGUCUCGUUGGCGGCAAUGAUCCCGAAGUCUGGGAAUUUCGUCCAGAAUCGGAUCGACGGCACUCGCAGCUUUGGGAGUCCAAUGAGACGUCUCGCAUCAAGAGUCCGAUGCUGCAGCUCUACUUCAAUAUCUCUACCGAGACUGUCACCACGCUUGUUGACACGCCACGCACACCCGACAUCCCCAUCAUUGAGGGUAUGCAAGUCUUCAAAUUGGACACUAUCGAAGCGCAGCAAUCACAAAGCACAGCAGUCAUCUCAUAGGCCGUCUGUACGGGGAAUUUACAGGUUGUUGUAGGCUUCGCGCAUGAAUCUGCCAUCCAUCACAGUUCGUCUCGUCCUGUCGCGCUCUC